AAUGAAAUACAAUAUUUAAAUAAUAUACUAUUACUUAGUAAAAUUGGCACCAUUAAAUUGUAAUUUUGAAAUGUUAUAUAUACCAUAAAAACAAAGACCCGCCUAGUCGGACGGGUUAUGAUCUAGUUUUCAAUUAAACUUUCUAUUCAGUAGAGUUAAUGCGACGUCGUUUUGGCGAAUCUAUAUAAAUGUGGUUCAAAUUGCACGAAUAAAGAUCAUAUAAACCACUCGAACUUGAUCCGUCACACAUCAUGACAUCAAUGGCGAACGAGAAACACCACGAAAUGACGAAACUAUCCUCUCAAAUCUGCAACCAAAUCUCCUCCGUCUUCUCCACUCCCACCGAUCCACACCCCCCACCGUUAAAUCUCCUCGUCACAGAACUCACCUUAGUCUCCCGCCGCAACGCCCGCGUCUUCCUCCACGGCGUCGGACGCGAAGGCCUCAUGCUCAAAGCCUUCGCGAUGCGUCUCUUCCACCUCGGCCUCUCCUCUCACCUGGUCUCCGACGUGACCACGCCUCCGAUCUCAUCCCCCGAUCUCCUCAUCGCCUCCGCCGGUCCCGGAGGAUUCUGCACCGUCGAUGCGAUUUGCUCCGUCGCGAAAUCCGCCGGCGCGAAGGUUGUGCUCAUAACUGCGGAGCCGGAGAGAGGUUCUUGCGUGAAGUACGCGACGGAUGUUUGUUAUGUACCGGCGCAGACGAUGGCGAGUGACGGAGGAGGUGUGAUGGAGAGGGGAGAGGAGAGGCCGUUGCUGCCGAUGGGGAGUGUGUAUGAAGGAGCGUUGUUCGUGUUGUUUGAGAUGGUUGUUUACAAACUGGGUGAGGUUUUGGGUGAGUCACCUGAGUCUAUACGGCGUCGUCACACUAAUCUCGAGUAGCAAACGUUGCGUUGUUUUCGUAUUUCAGUGUGUAAAUGCUUGUUGUUUUGUUUGUAUUAUAAGCCACGAGUUGUUUUGCCAUUCCGGUUGAGAAAUGCUUGCUGUUUUUAAAGUUUGGUUAAAAAUCGUGCCGUGUAAAUAUGCAAUUGUAAUUUUUUUUGUGGAAGAUACUUACAAUACAUAAGUGAAUUAUACAUGUUUUAUGGAAAUUUAAU